ACACAUCCAUGCCCAAUAACCCUUCAUUCAUCUUCACUAAAUCAUUAUUAUCUUCAACAAAACCAAACCCAAUACAGUACUACUAGCUUUGCUGCAAACAACCAUGGACACCAUUACCACUCGCAGCACAAAUUCAGUGAUUAGUUCUCUACAACAAAAGACACCAGCAAAAAUAACCAAAUCCAAAAAGAAAACCAACAAACCCAUCAAGGUGGUUUAUAUUUCCAACCCUAUGAAGGUUAAGACCAGUGCCUCUGACUUUAUGGCACUGGUCCAAGAACUCACGGGCCAGUACGCUGAAUCGCCGCUGGAUCCUUCAAAAUUUCAAGUGUACGGCGAGGAUGGUAGCGUUACUGACUCUGGGACUGGGUGUGAGAAUAUUAUAAUGGGUUGUGAUGAAAAUGAUCACACUGUUGUGACAGUGCCUCCUCUUGUGGAUUCUGAUGAACAAGUGGUGAAAGCUGGUGGAGGAUGCUCAUAUGAGGGUUUUGAUGAAGAUGUACUUUUGACUCCUCAGAUGGUUGAGAACAUUUGGGAUCUGCUUCCAACAAGUGCAUUUUAUGAACCUUUUCAACUUGAUACCUAUUGAUUCUGUUGCUUCAGUAUAAUUAUAUAUAUUAAUUGGUAAGCUCAAGAAGAUACCCUAUAUUUACAUAUUCUCUGAAAACAUAGUAACUAUAUAAUAAAUCUCUAGAAAUCUCAGUAUAUGUCAUUUUAUUGCUUCUAAACCUUAUGAAUGAUGCAGUUAACUGUACCUUAAAUGUUGAUACUUUGUUCAAUUUUUUAAUGACUUGGAUAGUCUCGCAUGAUGCAGCAGAUUAUAUAUAUACAAGAUUAAUGACUAAAAUAGUUAGGUCGUGAUAUAGGGAUUUAAAGUUGCUUAAUGCAUAGUUUUAAAUUGGAGUUGGAGUAGCAGUUGAGGUUGCAAUUGCGAUUACUCUUGAUGUUCAUUGCGACUAUUGCAAUGUGAAAUAAUUUUUCAUUAUACUGUUUAUCUUGAUUUAUUCUUUUAAUAUUGAUUGAGAUGAGUUUGAAAUACAUUUUUGAUAGAUUGUUAAUAGUUAAAAAGGUUCAUUAGCUAGGAAGACGAUUUAAAUUUAGGGUUCUGAAUUUUGAUUUUUAUAAUACUGUCGAUGAUAUUAUUUUCGGUGCUUCUAACUAGUAAUUGUGCAAGGAUUUUUUUAAUAUAAUGUAUAAUUUUUUCGAAAUGUCUAUGAUGGGGUGUUUUGAUAUUUUAUUGGGUUACAAAUUCAUUGAUCAGAAGAAUAUUACCAAUCUAACUAAAUAUUGUAAAAAGCUAUUAAAGAGAUUUAGUAUGGAAAAAACAAAACAUUUCUCAACUCCCAUGGGCAUCGGACUUUAUGCAUUAUGGAUAAAAACGAGGUAGGCAAAGUAGUUGAAGAAAGAAAGUAUCGAGGUAUGCUUUGUUUCCUUCUUUAUCUUACUGCAUCUCAUUUUGAUAUUGUGUUCGUUUUGAUAUUGUGUUUGUUGUCUGUAUGUGUGCAUGUUUUCAAGUAAACUCCAAUGAAUUCCACCUCUUUGUAGUCAAACAUAUUAUGAGGUACCUCACUAGCAUAUCACUUAUGAGUUUAUGGUACUCCAAAUGACUGAUUGUUUAUAUGCGCACUCAGCUUUUUAGUUUUUAGACUCAAUUCCAUUAAAAUAUCUUGGACACUCAAUCGGAGCUAAUCCAAAGAGAUUGGAAACUUGGUAACCAGUGAUUGAAGCUGUUAGAACAAGACUAUCUAGACGGAGGAAUCAACAUUUAUAUAUUGGUGGUCAAGUGGUGAUAUUAAAAUCAUACCUUUAUGAGCUUCUGGUAUACUUUCUCUUAUUAUUCAAGGCUCCGACAUGUAUUAUCUCUAAGCUUGAAUCUAUUUUCAAACAAUUUUAUGGGGUGGGAGAGGGAACGAGAGGAAAAUCAAUUGGGUCCAUUGGGAGAAGAAGUGUAGGGCUUUAGGCGAAGGGUGUUGGGAGUUAGAAAUUUAAAAAAUUUCAACAACCCUCUCUUAUGAAAAUGGAAGUGGAAAAUUAAUACAAAAAGGAGUGAGUUGUGGUACAAUGCUUUUAAGAACAUGUAUGAGAGAUUAGAGAUGUUGAGUUCAAUGACAACCAAUACUGAGUUGAACACGUGAGUAUGUUUGAAAGAGACGACAUGAUGAUGAUGAUGGAGCGUGGUUGAAAGAAAAACCAAAACAGAGUGAUAUAAUUUAAAAAGUUUGUAUGAUUGUAGGGGCCGGGUUUUAAGUUUGGAUAUUUGUGCAUCCCAAAAAAUUUAUGAGAUCGGACGACAAUUUCUGAGCUCAUUUCGGGAUCAAGGGGUCGGGUUCUUGAAGAAUUGUCCACUUUUCGGAGCCGUUAUGAGAAAUUAAAUGGUCGAUUUUGUUCCAAAUUGUUAAUGGUCGGAUCCAAUGUUUUAAAAACCGGACCGGACAUCAAACCGGUGAGGGUACUGGGUCACUGGUUUAUUGGUCGAACCACUGGGUCACUGGUCGAACCGCAUGACUAAACCGGGUUAAACCGGAUAACUCGGUUGAAUAGACCGGUCGUUAUAACAAACUUAUAUAAGUAUAAAAUCUGUCGAACCAGAUGAUUCAGUCCCUACAAAAUAUAAUUAGUACUUAAAUUUUUUGAAAAUAUCAUAUUAUAAAAAAAUUCACAAGUUCAUAAUUUAAAUUCAAAUUUUACACAUAGUUAUCACACACAAUCAAAUAGUACAUAAUUAUAAAAUAUAAACAAAAGUUUAAUUACAACAUAGUUUAGAUUUUUUUUUAAAAUAACCAUGUAUUAGAAAAAAAUUACGCAAAUAA